AUGCCGUUCGCCAAGCGGACCGUGGAGCCGCAGCGGCUGUGCCGGCGGCAGCCCGCCGCCUCCGUGCUGGAGGAGAGCUGGGGCGCGGAGCCGCCGCCGCCGCCGCGGGACCCGCCGCCGGAGGAGCCGGGAACGGCGAGCGAGGGCGCCGAGGCGGCUGGCGGCGGGGAGAGGGAGGCGGCAGCGGUGCUGAUGGUGCUGGACCUCUGCUCGGUCAGCAACGUAGCCCUGUCGCGGAUCCUCCGACAGCUCUCCGACGUGGCCCGGCACGCCUGCACCCUUUUCCAGGAGGUAGAGGCUGACAUCCAGGGUACCCACCGCCGCGUACGGGCGCUGCACGGCCGCAUCGCUGGCCUCCAGGGAGCCGUGCGCGGCCUCGACCCCAAGCAGGAGGCAGUGCCUGUCUCCAACCUUGAUGCAGAGAGCAAACUGAGUGUCUAUUACCGCGCACCUUGGCAUCAGCAAAGGAACAUCUUUCUCCCCUCCACCAGACCGCCCUGCGUGGAGGAGCUGCACCACCACGCCAAGCAGCACCUGCGAGCCUUGCGCAGAGAACAUCGAAGCCGAGGUGAUAACAGAGAGCAAAAAGUCCAGGGCCCCAUUGCUGUGGUGGCUCCCCCCUUUCCUCCCUUCCCUGCAAUCUGCAGCCAAAAGAGGCAAGCGAUAAAGGACCGGCAUUUGCUACCAUUUAACAGCACCCGUUCGCCCUCCCCAAUUGAGUGUUGCCACAUGACCCCCUGGAGUAGAAAGUCCCAUCCACCAGAGGACGAAGAUACAGAUGUCAUGUUAGGGCAGAGGCCGAAAAAUCCAAUACAUAAUAUCCCUUCUACACUGGAUAAACAAACCAAUUGGAGUAAAGCACUACCUCUCCCAACUCCAGAGGAGAAAAUGAAACAAGAUGCCCAAGUGAUUUCUUCUUGCAUUAUCCCCAUCAAUGUCACUGGAGUUGGUUUUGACAGAGAGGCUAGUAUACGCUGCUCUCUUGUUCAUUCACAAUCUGUACUACAGCGGAGACGAAAGUUGAGGAGGAGGAAAACCAUCUCUGGCAUCCCCAGAAGAGUGCAACAAGAAAUAGAUUCAGACGAGUCACCAGUGGCAAGAGAGCGCAAUGUGAUUGUGCACACAAACCCAGAAUACUCUGGCUCCAGCAACAGGAGGUUGGGGACCCGGGAUUCGGAGUGCCAGACAGAAGAAAUCCUGAUAGCUGCUCCCUCCCGGCGACGGAUCCGUGCCCAGCGGGGGCAGAGCGUUGUCGCCUCCCUCUCCCACUCCACUGGCAACAUCCUGGUGCUGGCAGACAAUGGGGAUGCAGUCUUUGCUGCUGCUGUGAGCAACCGCAUCCGCUCGCGGAGCCUUCCCCGCGAGGGUGCCCGGGCCAGCGAGGGCCAUCAGGAUGCCACCACCAAGAGUGCAGGGUACGAAGCAGAGCACUUCCUAGCUGGUCAGGAAAGGAUCCCGAAAAAGGGGAAGGAGAUCUUGAGCAAGCAGGGUUCACAGGAGUGCCAGCCCAUUGGUUUAACUUGUCCUCAGCACCUGCACAGCCCCGAGCACAGCAUAAGCGAGAGGGGGAGAUCACGGCUGUCAAGGAUGGUCGAUUCAGGCAGCUGUGAAAUUUCAUCCAACUCAGACACCUUCGGGAGCCCGAUUCACUCCAUCUCCACAGCAGGAGUCCUGCUCAGCAGCCACAUGGACCAGAAAGAUGACCACCAGUCCUCCAGUGGCAACUGGAGUGGGAGCAGCUCCACAUGUCCCUCCCAGACAUCUGAAACCAUUCCUCCUGCUGCCUCUCCUCCACUAACAGGCUCUUCACACUGUGACUCCGAGCUGUCACUCAAUACCGCUCCCAAUGCCAACGAGGACUCCAAUGUCUUCAUCACAGAGCAGUUUGGUGACCACGCAGACAAGGUCAGGGGCCACAGGGCAAGCUCCUUCACAUCUACUGUGGCGGAUUUAUUGGAUGACCCCAACAACAGCAACACAAGCGACAGUGAGUGGAACUACCUGCACCAUCACCAUGACGCCUCCUGUCGCCAGGAUUUCAGCCCUGAGCGCCCGAAGGCGGACAGCCUGGGAUGUCCCAGCUUUACCAGCAUGGCCACCUAUGACAGCUUCCUUGAAAAGACCCCCUCUGACAAGGCAGACACUAGCUCACACUUUUCUGUGGAUACUGAAGGAUACUAUACCUCCAUGCACUUUGACUGCGGUCUGAAGGGUAAUAAAAGCUAUAUUUGCAACUAUGCAGCCCCAGGCUCCGAGAGUGGCCAGACCGGGAGCAUGACUUCCAGCCUAGCUGACUAUGCCUGGCAGGAAUGUGUGAGCCACAGGAGGCAGGCACAGCAGUGUAUCUCACUGAAGAAACCAAAGGCAAAGCCAGCCCCACCAAAACGCAGCUCGUCUUUGAGGAAAUCAGAGGGCAGCACUGACCUUCCUGACAAGAAAGAACCAAAGAUCAGUGGUGGGCAGCAUGUCUCUCACACUGCCAGAGAGAUGAAGCUGCCCCUUGAGUUUUCAAACACACCUUCCCGAGUGGAAGGCCCCAACCUGCCAGCCAAGCAGGAGCUUCCCUGGCCAAACCAGGAUGAUGGUGGGUUAAAGGACACUCCAUUUGACACCACCAGUAUCCCCUCCUUUAAAGAUGAAGGUGCUGAACAACCUCACUAUGCAGACCUCUGGCUUCUGAACGACUUGAAAUCCAGCGAUCCUUACAGGUCCUUGUCCAAUUCAAGCACUGCUACGGGUACUACAGUCAUAGAGUGCAUCAAGUCACCAGAGAGCUCUGAAUCCCAGACAUCUCAGUCUGGGUCACGAGCUACAACCCCAUCCCUCCCCUCUGUUGAUAAUGAGUUUAAGCUUGCCUCCCCAGAGAAGUUGGCAGGGUUAGCCUCACCCUCCAGUGGUUACUCCAGCCAGUCAGAGACGCCCACCUCUUCUUUUCCAACAGCUUUCUUUUCAGGACCGUUGUCUCCAGGGGGGAGCAAGAGGAAGCCGAAAGUUCCAGAGAGGAAGUCAUCGCUGCAGCAGCCACUUUCAAAAGAUGGCACCGCCUCAGUGAGCAAAGACCUCGAACUUCCAAUUAUACCUCCUACUCACCUUGACCUAAGUGCUCUUCACAAUGUCUUGAGCAAGCCCUUCGCUCACAGGCACCAGCUGCAUACCUUUAGCCACAGCAAGCAGAGCGCAGUCGGGGAAGCCCUGCAGCCCGGCCCUCCCUCUGCCCUCGCCAUCACACCCUCCGUUCUCAAGUCUGUCCACCUCCGGGCAGUCAACAAGCCUGAAGGAGUGAAACAUAAAGGCAGUACCCCAGACCUGCUCUGCAUACAGGAGACCACCUUGAUGGCAACCGACGUCUCUUCAGGCAAAAUGAGGCCACUCUUAGCUAAAAAGCCAGUAUCACGCCAAUACUCUACAGAUGAGGCCAUAAUGCUGUACAUUGACACUUCCCCAGCAGAAACAGGCCCUGGAAAACCACCUUUAGAGAAAAGCUCCUCUUUUGGUGGGCAGAAUAGCUGUGAGAGAGAAGCUGUAACUUCAGCAAGCAUGGGUCUGGUUGAAAUCAAACCUGGGAAGGACCAAACACACCUGGCCACUGAACACUUACCAGAAAGCUCUCUGACUCAGACAUGUGCAAUCCCCAUGGAUGGCUUUCAGAAGGACUCAGCUGUCCCCACAAGUGAUGAUGAAACAAAGAAACCUGUCCAGGGAGCAGAAACAGUGCACGAUCUUCAGCAUGUGCAGGCUCAGCAAGAGCUCUCCACAGGCAGCGAGGGGAAGGUGGAAGUUGGGCCCGUGGAUGAAAGCCCAGCUCAGGCUGAGGGACCAGCCAUCACCUAUCAGUUUAAACACGAACCCGAUGUAAGCCACCAUGUGCCUGGGAAUAUCAACUAUGAAGCAGAGAUGGCAGCAGUAGAUUCACUCAAUGAAGAGAGUUGCAAGCAGGAAAACGGUAUCACAUCAGGUAUCCCAACCAAAAGUGCCUCUGAUGACAGCAGGGCAGACGAGACGGUGGGCGGUGCAGACGAGCCUUCGCUGAAAGAGUCUUCUCCAAGCGACGAGUCCAUCAUGUCUCCACUGAGCGAGGAGUCACAGGCUGACACUGAGGAUGCCUUUGUGUCUCCAAACAAACCCCGCACUACUGAGGACCUGUUUGCAGUCAUUCACAGAUCAAAAAGGAAAGUUCUUGGAAGAAAGGAUUCUGGAGACCUUUCUGUAAGAAACAGAUUGAGAGCUUCAUCUGGGACCAGCAGCCAGCCUCCCACCAGCAGCACACUGCCUACCAGCAACAUGCCACCAGCCAGCAACGUGGGCACUCCCAUUAGCAGUCAGAGGUCCCCCGGGCUCAUAUACAGGAAUGCCAAAAAGUCCAACACAUCCAAUGAGGAGUUUAAGCUACUGCUCCUUAAAAAGGGCAGUCGAUCUGAUUCCAGCUACAGGAUGUCUGCCACAGAAAUUCUGAAAAGUCCUAUUUUGCCGAAGUCUCCCGGAGAGAUGACAGCAGAUGCCCUUCAAAGCACGGAAGAGUCUCCUCCCACAACGAGCCCUGAUGCAUUAUCGCCGCUCUCCCCCUGCUCCCCCAGGGUCAACACGGAAGGGUUCUCCUCCAAGAACUUCCCCAUGUCGGCGUCCUCGCGGGUGGGGCGGUCGCGGGCACCGCCGGCAGCCAGCAGCAGCCGGUACAGCGUGCGCUGCAGGCUCUACAAUACCCCCAUGCAGGCCAUCUCCGAGGGGGAGACCGAGAACUCGGACGGCAGCCCCCACGAUGAUCGGUCUUCUCAAAGCUCUACAUAGGCUGUGUGGGGGCCAGGACCGUGCUGCCAACACCACUCAAGCUCUUAAGGAUGUCAACGUAAGAGGCCAAUGCUGUAGCAAUCAAAAAAAAAGAAACAAAAAGAAGAAAAAGAGGACAAUCACAGGGCAAUAUCAAUGCUUCGAUGUGUUAGCGUUUGGAAGACGCUGGGGAAACAAAAGGACUACAGCUGUAGCUAUUUAUUACACUGCAUUUUCUAAAA